AUGGCGCGUAUUUUCAUUACCGGUUCCAGCGACGGGAUCGGCCAAGCAGCUGCCAAAAUCCUCGCAGACCAGGGCCACUCAGUCGUCCUCCACGCACGAAACGCAGAUAGAGCUGCCUCAACUCAUGAAGCAGUUCCCAAGGCCGAAUCAGUCUUAAUUGGUGAUCUACGUUCCAUCUCCGAGAUCAAGAAACUCGCCAACGAAGCCAAAACGAGCGGCCCCUUCGAUACUAUUAUCCAUAACGCAGGCAUUGGCUACGGUGCUACAUCUAGCAGGGAGAUCACGGCAGAUAAGAUAUCUGCUGUAUUCUCCGUCAAUACUCUUGCCCCAUAUAUUCUCACUUCCUUGAUGGAUAAACCCAAAUCACGACUCCUUUACAUGAGCUCGGACAGCCACUACGGUGGUGAUGAGUCUCUGCGCAAUGUGACACGGUCGACUUCGUAUGGAGACAGCAAGUUACAUGAUGUAAUGCUGGCCAACGCGUUUUCCCGCCGCUGGGGUGAUAGUAUUCAGGUUGUGAGCAUGCACCCGGGGUGGGUCAGAACAAAGAUGGGAGGUUCAAUGGCCCCUGGUGGAAUGGAUAAACCGGCCAAGGCGCUGGCUGAGUGGGCUAUUGGGGAAGGGAAGUUGGCGAGUCUCAGAAGUGGAGCAUUUUUCACGACGCGAGGUGAGGAGUCGACGCACCCUGGUGCUGGUAAUGUGGCCAAACAGGAGGAAUUAUUGAAGAUUUGUCAGGAGGUGUCUGGAGUAUCAAUUCCGGAGUAA